GGUGGCGAAACUUUCUGGUAGAAAAACCGGAAAUUAAACAUCUGACCUGCCUAGAUAGACUUCCACGUGCGACACUGCAAUAGUCACGUUGUCGGUCUCAGCGGUUCAUCAUGAGGCGACCAAAGUUAAAGAAAGCGAGCAAACGGAUGUCUUGUUCCAAACGUUACAAAAUACAGAAAAAGGUUCGAGAGCAUCACAAAAAACUUAGAAAAGAAGCUAAGAAGAAAGGAGUUAAAAAACCGGUGAAGAAAGAUCUCGGAGUUCCCAACAGUGCUCCUUUCAAGGAGGAGGUCCUCAGAGAGGCAGAGCAGAGGAGGCUCCAGAUUGAAGAAGAAAAUGAAAGAAAACGACAAGCCAAAAAAGUGGAGCGAGCCCAGAAAAGGAAAAAGGAGAAGGAGGCUGCUGCAACUACAGAAUCAGAACCUGAUGCCAAGAAGACGCGAGUGGAUAAAACAUCAAAUCGUUCAGAGAAACAAGUAACUCAAAACAAGAACUCGAAACAUUUUCUCUGCUCUCAAAUAAAAAAGACAAUUGAUGCCGCUGAUGUAGUGAUAGAAGUCCUUGAUGCUCGAGAUCCGUUGGGCUGCAGGUGUCCACAGCUGGAGGAGGCUGUGCUGCUCUCGGGCAACAAGAAAUUACUUCUAGUUUUAAACAAAAUAGAUUUGGUUCCAAAGGAGAACGUGGAGGCGUGGAUGGAGUGUUUGCAAAAAGAGCUUCCUGUUGUGGCAUUCAAAGCGUCGACGCAGAUCCAACACAAAACUGUGCAAGCCAAAAAGAGCAGAUUUAAACCCUCCAAUGAUGUCCUGGACAAGUCCAGAGGAGCAGCCUGUUUUGGAAACUCUUGUCUCAUUGAGAUUCUGACCAGUUUAGCUGCUGAGAGACAAAGUGAAGCUGCUCUCAAAGUUGGUGUAGUCGGUUUUCCUAAUGUAGGGAAGAGCAGCCUCAUUAACAGCUUGAAAGGAAUGCUGGCGUGUAAUGUUGGGACUGUCAGAGGCACUACGAAACAUAUGCAGGACGUGCACAUCCUAAGGAAUCUGAAGGUGAUGGACAGCCCAGGGAUUGUGGCGUCACUGUCGAAUCCUGCCGUUUCCAUGACUCUGAGGAGCCUGCAGGUGGAGGAUGGUCACCUGAGCAAGCUUGAUGCUGUCAGGACGCUGCUGAAGGAGUGCAACAGUAGCCAGAUCAUGCUUCAGUACAACGUUCCAGACUUCAAAAAUUCCCUGGAGUUUUUGACUCAGUUGGCUAAGAAACGAGGGUUCCUGCAGAAGGGUGGCGUUCCUAAUACGGAGCAGGCGGCUAGCACUUUCCUUGACGACUGGACGGGAGCCAAACUAAGCUACCACUGUAAGGUUCCGGGCAACCACAGCCCCCCCACUUACGUGUCUGACACCGUGGUGGCUAAAAUGUUCAGCGGCUGGGAUCUCAGCAGGAUAAAAGCGGGAAAUGAGGAAACGCUGAAAGGUGUUAAGUUUCCAAACCUGGCCAGCAGCAUAAGUUUUCACUCUACAGGCCCAACAGCUGGUCUGCUGAGUGUGGCCGAGGUGUCUGAAGAUCAACCCAUAGCUGCAGAGCAGAACAAGGAUGUAGAGCUUGAACAACCUCACCAGGACUCGCCUGAAGCGCAGCCGCUUGAGAACCCCCAGAAAACUUCACACAAAGAGAAACGGGUGAAAUUUCAGCCCGUCCCCGUCGACAUCAGCCUCUCUACAGUCAGCACAGACGACGCCUAUGACUUCAACACAGAUUUUAAAUGAACUGAUUUUAUUAUUCAUGUCUGAAUUUUCUGAUGGCGCUUUUCCAUUAUGUGAUGUGCUAUGACUUUGGUUCUGUUGGCAUCACCUGAGAGGAGGAAAUAAAGAAGUUUUGUCUUUAACUCUGGCCUAAACGCUUCAGUGGGAGAAGAUGAAGCAGGCAGGAGUCAUGCUGAAUCAGACACCGCGUGAUAGAAAUCAGCCCUAAAAUCUCUAAAAUGUUGCUGUUUCUACCAGUGUGUGUGUGUGUGUGUGUGUGUGUGUGUGUGUGUGUGUGUGUGUGUGUGUGUGUGUGUGUGUGUGUGUGUGUGUGUGUGUGUGUGUGUGUGUGUGUGUGUGUGUGUGUGUGUGUGUGUGUGUGUGUGCGCGCGUACGUGCAUCAUUUACUCAUCCUGCUCUGGGAAUGCGGUCACACUAAGCCAUGUCCUCAGUCAUGACCAUAGACUGUACAUACCUGAACAGGAUGAAUUUAAAGGGCCUCAACUUUAACCCUGGAAGUUUUUACUGAGAUGUCUGUUCCGGUCAUUAUUAAGUGGUUGUGUAAAUGUCCAUUUUAAACAGAUUUACCGUGUUUGAACUUGUCAAAUCUAAAUUCAGAAACUGUACAAAGAUGUAAUAAAUCAGGAGGAAAACGUG